CACCCUUUUUUCCCCAAAUCUAGCGAAGUCUCUCUUCCUCGAUAUUUCAAAAUAUCCCAUCCGUAAAACUUAGAAAAUUUCCCCUUCAAUCCAAGAUUUAGAAGAUCAAGUCCAUUUGGCAGGAAAGUGUUGUUUGAAUUGUCAGUUUUAGUUUGAGCUUUGAUUAAACACUACUUAGAAGAAGAACAAAUUUUCAAGGAGAUUGAAGAAGUCCAAGGAAGCUCGAAGAGUCCACUCAAGUUCUAGGCCACGCAAAUGUCGGACGUUGAACAUAAUUCCUCGGACUCACCCCAGCCAAUGGAUAUCAUAAAAGCUGCUGAAACCGCUAUCAAGAGUCUGGAUGACAAUACCCCUCCACCAAUAAUUGAGCUUUUGACAACUUUCCUAAGAGAAGUCGAAAAAUAUCAUAAAGGAAAAAGUACUGCUUCUAGCUCAGAAGUUUCAUCCAAUGAAAAUCAGCAAGAGAAAAAAGUUGGAAAAAUAAAGGUUUUAUUAUCAAAGGAAAUUGGUCGAAGUGCCAACGGGACUAUUGUAUUUGAGGGGUAUUAUGAAGUUAGAGAAGUUGCAGUGAAACGCCUUCUUAAAAGUCAUUUUGAUCGUAACCUGGAAGCUGAAAGAGAAAUGAAGAAUCUCAUAACAUCUGAUCGUAGCCAAAAUAUUGUGACGUAUUAUGGGACGGAAGAGGACUAUAAUUUUAUCUAUCUUGCUCUGGAGCGUUGUGAUUGCAAUUUAGAUAACCUCAUUCAAAUGUAUCCUAAGAAUUCCUCUCAACAUGAGCCUUUAUCAAAAGACUUUGAGAAACUGAAGAAUACUAAGCUUAGAGAUAUUAAGCUUUGGAACGAAAAUACAUGCCGUCCGUCUCCUUUAUUACAGAAAUUGAUGAGUGACAUGGUUUCUGGGCUCGUUGCUCUUCACAAGUCGCGUAUAGUUCACCGAGACUUAAAGCCGCAGAACAUUUUAAUAAUUCAGGACAGCCCAACUUUAUGUGCAAAGCUUGCUGAAAUGGGUAUUAGCAGACAACUUCGUGGUAACAAGCUAUCGUUGACUGACCAUAAAUCUUCCGUUUGUGCCGCUACUGGCUGGAAAGCACCGGAACAGCUUCUUCAUGGCCAACAAACAGCUGCAAUGGAUUUGUUCAGUUUAGGUUGCAUCCUCUUUUUUUCCAUCACUGGUGGUGAACAUCCAUUUGGGAACGAUGAUGAUCGUGAUCAGAAUAUUAAGAAUAAAGCUUAUAAGCCAGACUGGUUUUUGAUAAAAGAUUUCCCUGAAGCUGUUGAUCUUAUUUCUUCUUUGAUAAAAUUUGAGGCUGGGGAGAGGCCACAAGCAAAUAAGGUGUUGCAUCAUCCACUGUUCUGGGACGCGAAGAAGAGACUUGAGUUUCUCUGCCACACUGGUGACUGUCUAAAGGAGGAAUCUACUCUUUCGGACGACAAGAAGACUGCUCUCUUGCGUAGGCUUGAACCUACUGCAAAUAAAAUUGUAGGUAAAAACGGGUGGGGAAAGGUCAGAUGGGACAAAAAGAUCCUUAACGAUAAAAUCAAGAAAGACCACCCAAACUUCUUAUGCGGUUACAAAUUUGGCAGUGUCAAGCACUUGUUGCUAUUCAUUCGAAACAAAUAUGCUCAUUAUGUACAUGAUCCAGAAGAAAUUCAGAAACAUUUCGGAACGCAAGAUGAAGGAUUCGGUGACUAUUUUACAAGUCGAUUCCCAAUGCUUUUUUUUGAAGUGUACAAUGUUGUGCGUGACUGCUGCAAAGAUGAUGUGCUCUUCAAGGCAUAUUUCGAAGGGGGAUCAUGAGGAAGUAACUGUCUGAGGUGUUGAUGGAAACUAGACUCCGAAUGGAGUAUAUAAGCUUUUUUUUUUUCUGGUUUUUUUUUGGUAUUAGCAUAAGGGGCUAACUGUACAUGUGUGUUUUGUUUCAUUUUGCAGAUAGCUAAAUACAUACAUGAUUAGGUUUUCUUAUU